AUGAGCCACGAAAACUGGCAAAAUGGAAGGAAGCUAUUGCUGGCAGUAUCAAAACGAGAAGAAUAUGGAGACAAAGCUGUUGGAUAUGUUGAAGUAAAACGAGAAGGAUAUUUAUGCACUGUUAAAGCCAGGAUAUGUCCAGAACACAGAGUUGGGAGUAAACCCUACAUCGUGAUUUGUACCGUCGAUGAAAAAGACGACGAAAUUAAAAAAAUUACUUGUCAAGACUGUGCAGCGUCAACAGGUGGUUGCAAGCAUGCAAUAGCAUUUUUAAUGUGGUUACAUCGUCGGAGUGAGGAACCUGAACCCACUGCCACAGUCUGUUACUGGAAAAAAUCGACAUUAUCUCAAGUUGGAUUGAAUAUAAAAUAUAUGUUAAUUAGAGAAAUUAAUAAUCCAAAGACAAAACCAAACUUGCCAUCUAGUGAUACUUUUUUCGAACGUGUCAUUAAUGAAAUUCAAUCAAAGCAGAACAACUUUCAAAUAUCUCGACACUGUAUUUUGUUAAAUCCAAGUUUGUUCGAUGUUUCUUUACAUCAAAUUUUGUUACAAUUUAUUAAAGCUGGAGGUGUUGACGUUAAUAAUUUUUUAAUUUUCUCUUAACAAUUUUUGUCAAUUUCUGUUUGUGAAAAAAUAGCAGCAGAAACAAAACAACAAGCGGAAUCGAAAUUAAGGAAAGAACUGCGAUAUGGUCGUAUAACAGCAUCUAAAAUCUACGAAAUUGCACACUGCAAAACCGAACGAGGCGUUUUGGUUGAACAAAUAAUAGGCGCUUCGAAAAUCAAAGACACUGCAGCAAUGAAAAGAGGACGAGAACUUGAGAAAGAAGUUCUUGCUGAAUUAAAAUAUUGGAUGAAAGAUAUUAAAAUUGAAAAUUGUGGAUUUUUUUUAAAUAAGAAUUUUCCAAUAGUUGGAGCUUCUCCUGACGCUUUAUUACCAGAUUUUGUAGUAGAAAUAAAGUGUCCUACAACAGCGAAAGCUAAAAAAAUUAUAUUAACUCAUCGAAUCAAAUAACAAAGAAAUAUUUGGGUCAAAUUCAGUUACAAAUGUUUGUAACUGGGAAAAAACGAGGUUUCUUUUGCGUUGCUCACCAUGACUUUGAAGUUACUAAAAAUUUUACCAUGGUUAGUGUACAGUUUGAUGAAUUAUUCAUAAUGGACCUUUUAGAAAAAAGUAUGGAUUUUUGGAAGAAAAAUAUUUUUCCUACUUUGUAUA